AUGUCCCCUGGGAUUUUCCUAACACUUCUGGCUGUGUCCUCAGCUGUAUUUCUGGUGACUGAGGCAGACGUGGAGUCUGAGGCGAGGGAGUUUCUGAAAAGGUUUGAACAGAAUGCCACUGACAAGGUGUACCAGAGCUCAUUGGCAUCAUGGAACUACAACACCAACAUCACUCAGGAGAACGCAGACAAAGUGUCAGAACAGGGGAGGAUUUGGAGCACCUACUACAGCCAGAUGUCAGAAGAGUCGCUCAAAUAUCCCAUCGACCAAAUUAAAGACCUGCAGAUUAAAUUACAGCUCAUCUCUUUACAAGACAAAGGCUCGGGUGCUCUCACCCCGGAUAAAGCUUCACGUCUCAAUGAGAUUCUGAAUGAGAUGAGCACAAUCUACAGCACUGCAACAGUCUGUCUGCCCGACAACCCAACUAAGUGUGAGACUUUGGAGCCAGAACUGGAGAAAAUUAUGGCCAACAGCAAAAGCUACUCAGAGCGUCUCCAUGUGUGGGAAGGCUGGAGGAAAGAGGUGGGGAAGAGGAUGAGGCCUUUGUAUGAAGAGUACGUGGAUCUGAAGAAUGAAGCAUCCCGACUUAAUGGCUUUGAAGACUAUGGAGCUUACUGGAGAUACAAUUAUGAGACCCUGGAGGACGAUCCUGAGUUCAAGUACACCAGGGAUCAGCUGAUGGAAGACGUUCGUUCAAUUUACAAACAGAUCCUGCCUUUAUACAAGGAGCUGCAUGCCUAUGUGAGAGCCAAGCUUAUGGAGGUUUACCCAGAGUACACUGACUCAGAGGGACCCCUGCCCGCCCACCUACUUGGUGACAUGUGGGGACGAUUCUGGACCAACCUGUAUAAUAUGUCAAUCCCCUAUCGUGAGAAAGAAGACAUUGAUGUCAGCAACACUAUGGUGGAACAGGGCUGGGAUGAAAUGCGUUUUUUCAAAGAAGCAGAGAAGUUCUUUAUGUCUGUGGGGUUAUACAAGAUGUUUGACAACUUCUGGAAUAACUCCAUGUUGGUAAAGCCAAACGAUGGACGGGACGUAGUCUGUCACCCCACUGCCUGGGACAUGGGAAACAGAGAGGACUUCAGGAUCAAAAUGUGCACCAAGGUCAACAUGGACGACUUCCUCACGGUGCACCAUGAGAUGGGUCACAACCAGUACCAGAUGGCGUACCGCAACCUGUCCUACCUUUUGAGAGACGGGGCUAACGAGGGAUUCCAUGAGGCCGUCGGAGAAAUUAUGUCUCUCUCUGCUGCCACGCCCAAACACCUGAAGAGUCUGGGACUUCUCUCUGAAAGCUUCACUUAUGAUGCUGAAACUGAGAUCAACUUCUUAUUAAAACAGGCCCUUACCAUCGUGGCCACUCUUCCUUUCACCUACAUGCUGGAGGAGUGGCGUUGGCAGGUGCUUGCAGGGAAUUUCUCCAAAGAUGAAUGGAUGAAGCGCUGGUGGGAGAUGAAGAGGGAUCUGGUGGGAGUUGCUGAGCCAGUAGAAAGAGAUGAAACGUACUGCGAUCCACCCGCUCUGUUUCAUGUAUCUGGAGACUACUCCUUCAUCAGGUAUUUUACCAGAACCAUCUACCAGUUUCAGUUCCAGAAAGCGCUUUGUAAGGCAGCUAAUCAUGUGGGUGAUCUGUCCUCAUGUGACAUCACUGGUUCCACGGCAGCAGGAACCAAGCUGAGAGAUAUGUUAGAAUUAGGGAGAUCUCAGUCCUGGACCAGGGCUUUGAAAACCAUAUCCGGAGAUACAAGAAUGGAUGCUACUGCCUUGUUAGAUUACUUCCAAAAACUUUAUGACUGGUUGAAGGCAGAUAACCUGAAAAACAAGAGGACUGUGGGCUGGAAGAAAGCAGAUCCAUCUUCAGAACAAGCCAUUAAAGUGAGAAUAAGUUUGAAAGCUGCUUUGGGGGAAGAUGCUUAUCCCUGGAAUGAAAACGAGAUGUUUCUCUUCAAGGCCAGUGUUGCUUAUGCCCUGAGGCAGUACUACAGCCAAAAGAGGCAGACACUUCUUUUCACAUCGGAGAACAUUAUCACUUUUGAUGAAACACCAAGGAUCUCCUUCUACAUGAGGGCCUCAGAGCCAGGAAACCCCUCUGCCUAUAUUUCCACAUCUGAUUUGAAAGCAGCCAUCAGGUUAUCUCGAGGUCGAAUCAAUGAAGCCUUCCAGUUAGACGACCAGACUCUUGAGUUUGAAGGUAUCCUGCCAACGCUGGCCCCGCCUGUUAAACAGCCAGUGGAGGUUUGGCUGGUGGUAUUUGGUGUCGUCAUGGGCAUCGUGGUGCUGCUGGGUGUCUACCUCAUCAUAUCUGGUGUCAGGGAGAGGAAGAAGAAACCUUUGAAGACACCUAUGGAGAAUCCUUACAGCAUAGAUGUUGAUGGAAUUAGUAACAAUGCCUAUGAUAAUAGAAGUGAUAGCAGUGAUAGUAGUGAUAGCGCUGAUAGUAAUGAACAAACUGGACUUUAA